AUGAAUAUCCAGGGAAAGAGCACUACAGGCAGAGAGAACUCCAUGCGCAAGGGCCGUGAGGUGGAGCAUGAAUGUGUGAUCCAAGAACAGCAGAGAGCCAAUGGAAUUGGAUGUGAUGAGAAGGCAGUGCCCACCCCACAUCCCCCAGGGUCUGAGGGAGACACAGGAAUCACAAUGACUGCAAAGUCUAGACGUGCCAUUUACUGCUAUGGGGAAAAGCAGGUAGGGCCUGAGGUGGGGAAGGAAAUCAAGAAUCGCACUGAUAUGUUUAGACACCUACAGAUUUCACCUACAGGUGAAAGCGAAUGGGCCUGGGCCGAGCAGGCAGAGACAGGCGGCCUGAUGGCUGGGGAGGUGCAAGCCAGGCUGCAGCGUUCCUGCCUGGCCACGGCAGCUUCACCCCUGAAAGUGUGCAUCGUGGGCUCGGGGAACUGGGGUUCAGCUGUUGCAAAAAUAAUUGGUAAUAAUGUCAAGAAACUUGAGAAGUUUGCCUCCGUGGUCAAGAUGUGGGUCUUUGAAGAAACAGUUAAUGGGAGAAAACUAACAGACAUCAUAAAUAAUGACCAUGAAAAUGUAAAAUAUCUCCCUGGACACAAGCUGCCAGAAAAUGCGUUCAUUCACGGGAUCUGUGACGAGAUCUCUGGGAAAGUGCCCAAGGGCGCGCUGGGCAUCAGCCUCAUCAAGGGCAUAGACGAGGGUCCCGAGGGGCUGAAGCUCAUUUCCGACAUCAUCCGAGAGAAGGUGGGCAUUGACAUCAGUGUGCUCAUGGGAGCCAACGCUGCCAAUGAGGUGGCUGCUGGGAAGUUCUGUGAGACCACCAUCGGCUGCAAGGUAAUGGAGAAUGGCCUUCUCUUCAAAGAACUUCUGCAGACUCCAAAUUUUCGAAUUACGGUGGUUGAUGAUGCAGACACUGUUGAACUUUGUGGUGCCCUGAAGAACAUUGUGGCCGUGGGAGCUGGGUUCUGCGACGGCCUCCGCUGUGGCGACAACACCAAAGCCGCCGUCAUCCGCCUGGGGCUCAUGGAAAUGAUCGCCUUCACCAGGAUCUUCUGCAAGGGCCAGGUGUCCACGGCCACCUUUCUGGAAAGCUGCGGCGUAGCUGACCUGAUCACCACCUGCUAUGGGGGCCGGAACCGCAAGGUAGCAGAGGCCUUUGCCGGGGCCGGAAGGACCAUUGAAGAAUUGGAGAGGGAGAUGCUGAAUGGGCAGAAGCUGCAAGGACCUCAGACUUCUGUUGAGGUGUACCGCAUCCUCAAACAGAAGGAGCUGCUGGACAAGUUUCCACUGUUCACUGCGGUGUACCAGAUCUGUUACGAAGGUAGGCCCGUUCAAGAGAUGUUGCCUUGUCUUCAGAGCCAUCCAGAGCAUAUAUAA